UCGCUCGAUCUCUAGUGCCGGUCGAGGGGCGGCGGGGCUCGGAGGGACGGCGCUGGCGCUUUGGUUCAAUCCGCUCCUCCCCCGCCUGCGCCGGUCCUCAUGGUAGUUUCUAUUUUAAGAAGGUCAAAUUACUGAGCACGGCGGUCUUGUGCACACACGGCGCUACCGAGCCGACUGAGGGACGCCUGCCGAUGACUUGAAAACGAAGCCCCUGAGCCGGCAGCGCCGCGAUCGGGACGCGCUGUGACGGGAGCCGCCGCCAGCACUAACGAGCCUCAAAGCCGGAGACGUCCCGCAGAAGAAGCGUCCGGAGGAGAGGGCAGCCGCUGCCACCAUGUUCAGCUCCAAGAGACUCAAGAAGAAAUCCCAGUCGGUAGACAUCACUGCCCAAGGAUACACGGGUCCCCUGGUGCCCGAGGCACAUGCGUCACAAAUCAACAAGCCACCGCCUGUCGUCAAGACAACCACAUCAGAGGAAGAGGAAAACAACGCGGCAAAUUCCCAACGACGCAAUCCAAGGCGCAGCGACUUGAAGAGAUACUACACGAUAGAUACCGGCCAGAAGAAGACUCCGGAGAAGAAGGAUGGGCGUCGCAUGUCAUUUCAGAAGCCAAAAGGCACAAUUGAAUACUCGGUGGAGUCGAGGGAUUCUCUGAACAGCAUUGCGUUAAAGUUUGACACGACUCCCAACGAACUCGUUCAGCUGAACAAACUUUUCUCCAGAGCCGUCGUCCCUGGACAGGUCCUUUAUGUUCCUGAUCCAGAGUACAUCUCCAGUGCUGAAAGUUCUCCGUCACUAAGCCCCAUAAGUCCGUUGUCUCCAACCUCAUCUGAAGCAGAAGCUGAGAAGGUUACGGAUUCAGAUGGAGUCCCUCGGAAGGAGGCCACUUCGUCUCCCGCACACACGUGUGCUCGACCUGCAAGAGUCGUGUCAUCCACCUCCGAGGAAGAAGAAGCACUGACAGAGAAAUUCCUCAAAAUUAACUGUAAAUAUAUAACGGAUGGCAAGGGAGCGGUGAGUGGAGUGCUGCUGGUGACGCCUAACAAUAUCAUGUUUGAUCCGCACAAGACUGACCCGCUGGUCCAAGAGCACGGCUGUGAGGAGUAUGGAAUCAUGUGCCCCAUUGAGGAGGUUAUGUCAGCUGCCAUGUACAAAGAGAUCACCGACACCAAAAUUAAGGAAUCGCUGCCUCCCAGAGAUCUUGAGCAUUUAACGUCUGGGAGAGACCUUUAUCACACAAAGAGAAUACCAAGAAGUAACACCGAUGAGAUGGAGCUGAGACUUCGUGACACCGGAAACGACAGCACAAGCACGGCGCCCAGGAGCACCGAAGAGUCGUUGUCUGAAGAUGUGUUCACAGAGUCUGAGCUCUCGCCAAUCCGGGAAGAGCUUGUGUCGUCUGAUGAGCUUCGACAAGACAAGUCAUCGGGGGCUUCUUCAGAAUCUGUUCAAACUAUAAAUCAGGCUGGAGCAGAGUGCUGCCUGUCAUCCGAGGCUGGGGAUUCCACCAAAACAGGGACUGAUGUACCGUCUGUCAAUGACAGUGGGAUCGGAGUGGAGUCUGAGAAAUUAACGCUGGAGUUUAAACGUGAAGACGAGCAAAUCGCAUCUCUGCCGCCUUCUGGGUCCUGUCCACCUGAGGCUAAGCAGGAACCAAGCACGCCCACCGCAGAGCCCCACAGUGCUGCCUGUGAAGUCAAUUCAGAGAGCUUACCUGUAGAAAUGGAUGUGCCUUCUUCAAAGAAUUUGGAAGCAGAGACUGAGGACAAAGAUGUUACAGACAAGGGCAAAAUGACCAAGGAUAAAACGGUGGACUCUGAAAGCGAGGUUGAGGAACUCCGAAAACUCUGGAAGAGCCACAAAAUGCAGCAGGCAAAAGAGCAGCGGGAGAAUGUGCAGCAGACGCAUAAAGAAGUGAGGCACAAAGCUGGGAAGGCAGUGGAUGCUCAUGGAGAUGGUCUCGUAAUCAGCAAAGAGAAGAGGAGGCACAGAUCCCACAAGUUCUUGUGUCUUCGAGUAAGGAGGCCAAUGAGGAAGACGUUUGUGUCUGUGGCGAGCGCGUCCAUGCAGCAGUAUGCGCAGCGGGACAGAAAGCACGAGUACUGGUUUGCCGUUCCACAGGAGAGAACGGACCACCUGUAUGUGUUCUUCAUACAGUGGAGUCCUGACAUGUAUGGGGAAGGAGGAGGCACAGCAAGUCGCGAGCCUGGCUUCAUGGUCGUAAAGAAGAACGAGGAAUCCGAAACGACGGAAGAAACGACAGUGGAGACGCCGGCGAAAGAGUGGGAGGUAGUAUCAGUGGCCGAGUACCACCGCAGGAUCGAUGCUCUAAAUACUGAAGAACUGCGCUUGCUCUGCCAACGUCUCAAGAUAACAACAAAAGAGGACCUCAACUCAAAGCAUGGGCCUGCCAUCAAGACUGACUUGGAGCCGGACACGUUAAAGCCAAACCUAACGGAACCAAGUGACCUCCUUUUACCAGAUCAGAUUGAAAAGCUUGCAAAACAUCUUCCCCCAAGAACAAUUGGCUAUCCAUGGACCCUCGCAUUCAGUACAGCAAAACACGGGAUGAGCAUAAAGACGCUGUAUCGCACCAUGGCCGCUCAGGAUUCUCCAGUGCUGAUGGUUAUAAAAGAUAGUGAUGGACAGAUUUUUGGUGCUGUUGCAUCAGAACCCUUUAAAGUUAGUGACUGUUUUUAUGGAACUGGAGAAACCUUUCUGUUCACCUUUUGUCCCGAUUUUGAGGUCUUCAAGUGGACAGGGGACAACAUGUUUUUCAUUAAAGGGGAUAUGGACUCCUUGGCCUUUGGCGGUGGCAGCGGAGAAUUUGGCCUGUGGCUGGAUGGAGAUCUUUACCAUGGGAGAAGCCAUUCAUGUAAAACCUUUGCCAAUCACACACUUUCUAAGAAAGAAGAUUUCUUUGUUCAGGAUAUUGAAAUCUGGUCUUUUGAGUGAAGUGCAUUUUUAGAGUUAAAAAACAUGACCUUUAAAUUAAAGCAAGCGUCGCCAGUCCCAAAUCUGAAUAUGCAUUCAUCAGUUUUAAAUAAGGGUUCAUUUAAAGUAUAACCUACCGCUUGUUAUCUUUGAAAGGCCAUUUCGCACAGAAGUGUACCGCAGAUAAUUCUUUUUUCCGACUCCAUGGUAUAGUUGUGGUACUUUUGGAGCUAUUCAUAGAUUAUAUCAAAUGAAAGUUGACAAUUCCUUGUUUAUUCCUCAGCUUGCGUACGCAUAAUUAUUAAAUUGAGAAUAACAGACAUUUUCAUGCUUCCGGAGCAGGUUUGGUACCAGCAGAUAAGAGUCCCGGAUUAUUAAAAUGAACUUUGUGAAUCAUGCAUCUUAAUGGGAAACGCACCCAGCCUAGAAGGUAGCAGGAUGGAAAUCUGCCGUUAAUCUGUUCUAUGACAACUAGUUCCUGACGUAGGGCUCCGUGUGGAUUUUAAGCAAGAAUGCACUCCCUUAAUUAACAGGAACCGGCGUGUUGCAUACGCUCAUUGGAACUCCAGUGUACAUGGCCAGCUCGAAAUCGUCAUCAUCGUCGUAUCACGUUAAGGACUUCCACCUUAGACACACGAGCCCAAGUUCCUUCAGCGUCCCUGCUGGGUACCCGCCCUCGAGUUGUGUAUUAUAGUCCUCCUGCCAUUCAGUGUUGUAGCACACCAUCUGCAAGCACAUAGCUAGUGUUGGAUUUGCCCUCCUUGUGGUUUUACUGUACGUCAAGUGGGUGUGUGUGUGAGUUGAGCUAGCAGCAGCCCUCCAAAGAGUCGUGUACACUGUACAGUACGUGGACAGUCCUGUGUUACAGUAGAUGUGUGGCAUACGCAAAUUACUGUCGUGACCUCCGAGAAGCAGCAGGUCGAUCUAGAUAGACAGCGGGCGUCUGUGCGGGCACACAACUGCCAAGGGGACGGACGGACGGACGGACGGACGGACGGACAAACUACUAUAUAGUGCUGUUAAGUGUGACAGUGACCUUUUGUGCUGAUAUUUCAGCUUUUACAGAUAUAUAAUGUAUAUUACCCUGUACAUUAAUGUUCAAAUAUUAGGUUUAUUCCUAUAUAAAUAUAUAUAUAUAAAUAUAUAUAAAUUGUGGAUUGAUGGGUUGCUUAUAGCACUUUAUUCUAGAUAUUUUACAAAUGAAGACCAGGUAUGUAGACCUCAAUUAGAAGUAGAUGUACAGUACUAUUUUUUUUAUUUUUAUUAAUUUUCUCUUUUUUUGGCUUUGUUUAGUUUAAUAAAGAUGUUAUUUGUCUUGGGAAAGUUUGCUGCUGGAAAUUUAAAAAAGGACAAAAUAUAACGUUCUGUAUUUAAAAACAUAUUUAUGGUGAAUGUUGACAAUUCCACAGGGCAUUUUGUUCCCAACGUGUUUUACCAACAGUUCUGUAAUUAUGUUCGAAACGGAUGAUGGAUUUGCAAAUUGUAAAUAAAAUGAAAGCAGCUCUUUCUCUGUC